UUCACUGGCACUGUCGUAAUCAUACGCUACAAGCGCCAUUCCUAAAAAUUUAAUCUACAUUAACCUCAUUCAUAUUAAUGAGCGUUUUUUAGGUUUGUAAAUAUGAUAAUUCAAAUAUAACCUUUAAACCUAUUAUGCCAAUGCUUUCGUUCAACAAACUAGUGUAAUCAGCAGACGUAUUAAUAGCCAGUAACUUGAAUGGAAACAAGUAGAUUUCGUAUUUCGUAGAAACAAGUUAAACCAUAUAUAAGUUUACUAUGAUCAAGGGAGCAGUUAGUUUGGUAACUGGGGGUGCAUCUGGAUUGGGGAAGGCGACAGUAGAACGUUUAGUUCAGCAAGGCUCUAGAGUUGUACUUUGUGACUUACCCGCUUCUAAAGGCAAAGAAAUAGCAAGUACUUAUGAUGAAGAUAAAGUGCUAUUCACACCAGUAAACGUAACUUCAGAAGAUGAUGUUAAAAAUGCCCUAACAGCAGCUAAAGAUAAAUUUGGAAAAUUGAAUAAUGUUAUUAAUUGUGCUGGUAUUGGUGUAGCUUUUAAGACUUACAAUUUUAAGAAAAAAUUACCUCAUUCUUUAGAAGACUUUACUAAAGUUUUAAGUGUGAAUACUAUUGGAACUUUUAACGUAAUCAGGUUAGCCGUAGGACUAAUAGGUGAAAAUGAACCAGACGAUAACGGUUGCAGGGGUGUAAUUGUUAAUACAGCUAGUAUAGCAGCAUUCGAUGGUCAAAUGGGUCAAGCAGCUUAUGCGGCUAGUAAAGGAGGAAUUGUUGGAAUGACUUUGCCCCUGGCAAGAGAUUUUUCAAGUCAGGGAAUACGUGUUGUCACUAUUGCUCCAGGUUUAUUCAAAACACCCCUGUUUGAUGCUUUACCAGAUAAAGUAGUCCAGUUUCUAUCUAAAUCUGUUCCUUUUCCCCAAAGGUUGGGUAAUCCGAAUGAAUUUGCACAACUGGUUCAAAGUAUAAUUGAAAAUCCUAUGUUAAAUGGGGAAGUAAUAAGACUCGAUGGAGCUCUAAGGAUGCAACCUUAAUUUUUCCCAAUAUUCAUUUUUAUUUUAUUUAAUGUAGUGCCUUCUAAUAAUAAUAAUUUCAAAAUAUAA